AGCCAUGAUUGAGGUGUUGGCCAAGCUGGGCCGCGGGCCCGUCUUCCUGGCCGGGGAGGUGCUGGAGUGUGUGAUCACUUUCACCAACCCGUUAUCGGCCUCGUCUACCUCCGCCAGCAGUGAGAUGCUGGCGUGGGCCAGCGCCCAGAUCCACUGCCAGUUUCACGCCAGUGAGAACCGGGUAGCACUUCCUCCCUCUGAUGGCAGCAAGCAUGACGUGCAGGCAGAGAACGAGACAGUCUUCGUCCCCAACAGAGGAGAGCGGGGUCAGUGUAUCCUGUCCACUCCACCAAAGAUUCUCUUCUGUGACUUACGACUGGAUCCCGGGGAGUCAAAGUCCUAUUCAUACUGUGAGACACUGCCCAUAGAUGGCCCUCCCUCUUUCCGGGGACAGUCGGUGAAGUACGUGUACAAGCUGACCAUCGGCUGCCAGCGUGUCAACUCCCCCAUCAAGCUCCUGCGCGUUCCCUUCCGUGUCCUCGUGCUGCAUGGCCUCAAGGAUUACCAGUUCCCACAGGAUGAGGCCGUUGCGCCCUCGAACCCCUUCCUAGAGGAGGAGGAGGGCUUGAAGAAAGACUCUCGCCUGGCGGACCUGGUGACAGAACUGCUCAUGGUGGCCACUUCCCGACGCAGCCUGCACCUGUAUAACAUCAGCAACACUCGUGGGAAGGUGGGGACGUUCUGCAUCUUUAAGACCAUAUAUAAGAUCGGAGAGGAUGUCAUUGGGACCUUUAACUUCUCAGAAGGAGACAUCCCAUGUCUGCAGUUCUCGGUGAGCCUGCAGACGGAGGAGAGCAUCCAGGAGGAGUUCCAGCUUAUUUGCGCAUCCCCUUGCCAGGACAGCCAGCGCUGAGAGAGCUGCUGUCCCCAUCCCUUGUGGUGCUGGCUGCUGAUCCUCCUCUUGCCCACAGUGUCCCUGAAGUGGAGGCUGCACUUUGAGUUUGUGACCUCCGGGGAGUCGGCGGGGACUUGCCUGGUUCGUGGGAGGCAGGCGACUGGGGUGGAGCAGAUGGAAGUGGACACUUUCAGCUGGGACUUGCCCAUCAAAGUCCUUCCCACCAACCCCAUCCUGGCUUCCUACGUAUCUCAGUUCUCCAGCACUAACUCCAUCACCAUCUGA